UGACCUCCGCCAUGUUGGACGGAGGCGAAACACGAAAGCCGACUUCCGGUUUGCUGACGGUGGCUCGUUUGACUGUAGCGCCCCCUGUUGGGAGUAACAGUGAAGUAAAAUGCGACCAGUGACGUUUUGCUGUUUUGGAAAAACAGUUUAACGUAUAAACAUGUAACGGUAGUUUGAUAUAUUCUACAUAUGUUUUGGGUACACCUAGCAAAAGCUAAUGAUGUCCAGGACAACAGUCCUGCAAAAAUGCUAUCCUCAAUAAGGUUAUAAUCAUGUUUUUAUUUAAAAUGUAAAGGUGCUGAUGCAAUUUUAAUGUUUACAUUAAAUUAGAACAUUUGUAUGCAUUAUACAGCUUAAUAUACUGCAUGUCAUGAUGGUAAUACCUUUAUUGUGAAGCGUGGCAGUGCGUCAUAAGACACGCCCCUUACGGAAGUCUGGUCCUGUGCUGCCUGUCAUAACUUAUAAUGUCUACGGUAAAAACAGUAAUAUGGCCCAAAGUGAUUUUAUUCGGGGACUCCAUCACGCAGUUUUCGUUUCAAGCCAACGGCUGGGGUGCAGCAAUAGCCGACAAACUGGCACGAAAGUGUGAUGUUGUGAACCGAGGACUGUCUGGCUAUAACUCCAGAUGGGCUAAGCUGCUUCUCCCUCGCCUCAUCGACGUCACAAAGUCUGCAGACAACAACAACAACAUAGCUGCUGUCACCGUCUUCUUUGGAGCCAACGACUGUGCACUGCAAGAUAAAAACCCACUGCAGCACAUCCCUCUGGAGGAGUAUUCAGAGAACCUGAGAGUCAUCACCGGGCUUCUGGCUUCAGCCGGCGUGCCGGCAGACAGAGUUAUAUUCAUCACCCCUCCUCCCCUGCACGAGCCAGCCUGGGAGAAAGAAUGCAUUCUGAAAGGGUAUCCACUCAAUCGCCUUAACUCCACAGCGGGGCAGUAUGCAGAGGCGUGUGUCCAGGUUGCCGGUCAGUGUGGUGCAGCCGCCCUGGACCUCUGGACACUCAUGCAGAAAGACGGACAGGACUACACGGUCUAUCUGUCCGAUGGGCUGCACCUCUCUCCGAAGGGAAACCAGUUUGUCGCUCUGCACCUGUGGGAGCUGCUGGAGAGCCGUGUGGCCGACCUGCCCUUCAUCCUGCCUUACUGGGGAGACGUGGAUGCAGAGAACCCCGAGAGCAGUCUACUGGGUGACCAGUGACGAGGACCACGUCGGCUUGGAAAGACUUCUUCGAAUCUCUGAAGAAUGGAUAUUCUAUUGAGGGGAUGACUCUCCGGCACCUUUUACUAGCACUUGUUUAAAUUUCCACUAGACUUUGUCCCUGGCACAAAGCAAUGAUGCAGCCGUGAUGUGUCAAAUUCAAUAACAUGUGUUGUUUAAAAUGCACAAUAAAGAUUUUUUUAUUGA